CUCGAAGAGUCGCCGAGCGGGAAGACGAAGGAUUUCUUUUGAGAGUCUCUCCAUCUCCGAUUCUCCAUAAACCAUACACAGCAAGAGAAUGGGUGCCGGUGGUCGCAUGCCCCUACCCACACCUGGUAAUAAGGGAGAACAAGACGUCCUCAAGAGAGUCCCAUACUCGAAACCCCCAUUCACGCUAGGGGAAAUCAAGAAAGCCAUCCCACCCCAUUGCUUCCAACGCUCUGUCCUCCGUUCCUUUUCCUACGUAGUAUACGACCUAAUCAUCGUCUCCCUCCUCUACUACAUCGCCACCACCUAUUUCCACGACCUCCCAACCCCAAUUUCCUUCGUCGCCUGGCCUAGCUACUGGGCAAUCCAAGGCUGUGUCCUAACUGGUGUCUGGGUUAUCGCCCAUGAGUGCGGCCACCACGCCUUCAGCGACCACCAGUGGCUCGACGAUACCGUUGGACUAAUCCUCCACUCCUGCCUCCUCGUCCCAUACUUCUCUUGGAAGUACAGCCACCGUCGCCACCACUCCAACACUGGUUCCCUCGAUCGAGACGAGGUUUUCGUCCCCAAGCCCAAAUCUAGCCUCGCUUGGUAUUCCAAGUACCUCAACAACCCACCUGGCCGGCUCCUUACCAUCACCAUCACUCUCACCCUCGGCUGGCCUCUCUAUUUGGCCUUCAACGUCUCCGGCCGCCCCUACGACCGCUUCGCCUGCCAUUACGACCCUUACGGCCCUAUCUAUUCUGACCGCGAACGCCUCCAGAUCUACCUCUCCGACGUCGGUGUCCUGACUGUCUCCUACGUGCUGUUCCGCCUCGUCGCUGCCAAAGGCCUCGCGUGGGUUGUCUGCAUGUACGGCGUGCCCUUGUUGAUAGUGAAUGGGUUCCUGGUCUUGAUAACCUACUUGCAGCACACUCACCCUUCGCUGCCACACUACGACUCAUCGGAAUGGGAUUGGCUGAGAGGAGCAUUGGCUACGGUGGACAGGGAUUAUGGAGUAUUGAACAAGGUCUUCCAUAACAUCACUGACACUCACGUCGCUCACCAUCUGAUCUCAACCAUGCCGCAUUACCAUGCCAUGGAAGCGACAAAGGCUAUCAAGCCCAUACUCGGGGACUACUACCAGUUCGAUGGGACGCCCUUCUACAAGGCUGUGUGGAGAGAAGCCAAGCACUGUAUUUACGUGGAGCCCGAUGAUGGUUCGCAGGACAAAGGGGUCUUCUGGUACCGUAACAAGUUUUGAGUUUUUUUUACUGUUGUCAACAACAGGAGGUUACCUUAAACUCUAGCGAUCAGCUCUUCCAUCUCCUCUAUUUAAAAAACCAGGAAAAAAAAGGGAAAUGGUAUGGGUAGGCAUUAGGUUAUGGUGUUGGGUUUUUGUCUAUUUGAAGAUCUCUUUACCUGAACCAUGCAAGAAGCUGCGAAAAUGGUCUGCUUCGGCAUGGGCAUGGUACUUACGGUCCACUCCAUUUCAGUGGUUUGUGUUAGUUUUGAAGAACUUUAUUUUGUUCCACGAAACGUUAGUCGCGGCAAUAAAUUAAAGAUGUCCAAGUAGUAUGAUUGAA